AUGGCAGAUGGGUUCUCGCCCACUUCACCUCCGCCCAGCCCGAGCCUGCUGCCACACUCCCCACCCGAUUCCCCAGCUUUCAUCGCGUUCAACAACGGCUACGAUCAGUGGAACAAUCUCAUAGCCCCUGACGAGGUGAACGGCUUUGACCCCACCACCCGAUUUGAUACCCUCUUCAACAAUCCCCCCGCCCUAGCCCUUCCAGUCACAGAGGAAGAGAGCGCCGAACCCCCCGGCGAGCAAGAAUCCCUCAGCGAAGAAAGAGAGACUUCUUUUGAAGGUGACUCAGUUCACACGCAGACCGACGAUCUUGAACAUUUGUGGAGCAAGUUCGAGGUUGAGUAUCGAACUGGUAAUCUUGCCGAAUUCGUUGGCGAUUUGUGGGAUCUUUACGACCCUAUUUCCAGCAGAAACCAAGUCGAAGCAGCAGAGCUUCUCUCUCUCAUAAAUUUCUGUGGUAUCCUCUUACCCUACCAGAACGGUUACCAGAACGGGAGCACAGAAUCCGAAGGCGAGGAAGAAGAAACCUCUGCUUCAGAUAAUUCGGAGGACAGCAAGUCUGACUCUGGCUCUGACGACGAAAGUACCGGAAAUCCCACCGGAACUCCUGACAACGGAUACGGAGCUCAAGAACCAAGCUCUUCUGCUCCGAACCGUGGCCCCUCCAAUCCCGGUAAUUCGUACAGACCUCCGCAGAUACUUGGUAAAAGACGCCGCAGGGACAGCCCUGACCACCACAAGAUGUCUUCCAAGCUGAAGGAGGAACAGCCCUCUGGGAGCUUCCACCAGGACUACAUCGCAUCCUUGCGUUAUCGCAAUGAUCUCCCUCCUCCGGACAUGCCCCCGAAGUUCCUAGAUAUUCCACAUGAAGGUCUAAGCCGCUUCCUUACCCCUGGGUUUGCUUCCAACCUUGCGCGUCGCGAGGAACCAAAUAUCGACGUUGAUGCCGAGGGUGGUAUGCCUAUUGACAUGGUCGGUAUUCCGGGUCUACACCUCGGAGAUGAGAGUGCGAUUAUGGCACCCGAGAACCCGCAGCCGAUUGACCCCGCUGAUCUCCCACUCCUGAUGGCCCUGGAUCAGUUGCGCAAUCCCGCCCCCAAGAACACGAAUGUCAGCUUCCUCCGUCGCACGCAACAUAUCUCUGUCGAGCGCAGUGCUCCUUCGGGAUCAGGUUCUACUACUAUCAAUGCCCAAAGCCGGCCUCUCAAGAAAACAAAGGUUUCAGUUGAUGACCCCAAGCACGUCAAGAAGUUGGUCCAGAAGGGCUUCGAUGUCGCCUAUCCCGAGAGCAAGUACACCGGCGAGGACACAGAGAGUCAUAUUCGAGGCCUUCCCGCCACAAAGGCCGAGAUUGAUGCCUGGGCUAACCCGGUCCACCCUGAUAACCCGAAGCUCAAGGCCGUUGGCUUCUUCGCUGUCCUGCCCGACCUAGAGGGCUUCACAGAUCCUGGAGGUUUGGUCCAAUUCAAAUUCGACAAAGCACCUGUUUCGGCUGUUGGUGGAAAGCGGGACAAGCGCAUGGAUGUGGCUCUGUUGCACCCAUCCGCCCCCGAAGAUCGAAUCUGUGAGGAGCAUGCGCAGAAGGUGGCCUUGCACAAAGCCAACCCGGAGGUCUACCCUGACCCCGGUCCCAUCCCUUGGGAUUAUGACCUCUUCUUGUCGGAGAAAUCAGAGUCAGUGAAGAAGAUUGGUAUCAGCAUGGACCCGAAGAACCCGAAUCGUGACAACGAAGAUCUUUAUGCUCACGAAGGAACUGAGGGCCACAAGUUCCACCGAUACGACCGUGUUCGCACCUACGCUACGAGUGCUCAAACUCUCAAUACCGACCAGAAACAGAGAGAUAUUGCUCUGACUCUGUUCCAGCCAAAUGAAGGCGAAACUAAGCAGCAAGCUGCUUACUACUACCCGAUCCUCGGCAAGACGCGCCUAAAGCCUGAGCGUGCCCGUACAAUCGCCCAGGCUGGGUUGGCACCAACCGCAUCCUUGGUCAAGGAAGAUCAAAUCGACCAGAUGCAGGUCGCUGUCCGCGACCCCGAUGAGGCCGAGGUCUACAAGAGGGCUCUGCACCGAGCCAAUAUCGACCCGGAGUUCGCCAAGACUCUCGGUCCUCCCCCGGAGCCACCCGUGGCUGAACAGGGCUCCCCAGAUGCCCUGGGCGAUGAGGUGGCUGGGGAUGACGAGGACACGCGGAUGAGCGAAGAGUAA